AUGACGGGCUACGACACGGUCUGGCCCGCCGACUCCGCCGAGUUCUGUCCCCAUCCUGAUGCGACAGACAUUUUCGUGGUGGGCACGUAUAGGCUGGAGGACACAGAAAAAGGAGAGAUAGCACCUGCUGCAAACGAUGUACAGCACGAAUCGGGCACACCUCCCCCAGACGCUCCCAAAAAGCCCCAGAAGAGGCGAGGGAAAUGUAUGCUCUUCCGCCUUCAAGAUGACGAUCAAUAUGAGCUCCUUCAGGAGACGGAAUUGGCUGCUGUUCUCGACCUGAAAUGGUGCCACCGGUCGGCAGCCGCGAAGCCCAUCUUGGGUAUCGCCGACUCGGAGGGCCAUAUCAGUCUGCACGAACUGCAUAAUGACGAGGGACGUUUGCACCGGCUCCUAACUAUCUCUUGCGCUCCGUCAGACACGCUAUGCCUAUCCCUCGACUGGUCAAACCGGAGGACUCCUGCAGAUGGCCUAGGCAACCUCAUUGUCUCCCUAUCCGACGGGUCGCUGUCUCUCCUGCAACCGGAGAGCAGUGCUGGGCUCACAGUCGUGGACUCAUGGCAUGCACACGACUUUGAACCGUGGAUCGCGGCAUGGGACUACUGGAAUCCAAACGUCGUUUACUCCGGCGGAGACGACCUCAAGAUGAAGGGGUGGGAUAUUCGCCAGGGCGGGUCCUCACCACUGUUUGUCAACAAACGGUUCGACGCAGGCGUAACAACGAUACAGAGCCAUCCACACAUCGAACACAUUCUUGCUGUCGGAAGUUAUAACAACACGGUUCGCAUCUUCGACACGCGCAAGCCGCUGGUGCCGCUCACCGAAAUCGACGUCGGCGGCGGAGCGUGGCGCGUGAAAUGGCACCCGUCGGCAGCUAGGAAGGACGACCUUCUGGUUGCGUGCAUGCACGACGGCUGUAAGGUAAUCAAACUCGACUUCGGCGCAGGGGAAGACCCAAGCUCCGCGCUUUCGUCUUCUGCUCAACCGUGGGAUGUCGCCAAACGCUUCGACGAGCACACUUCCAUGGCGUACGGUGCCGAUUGGUCCUUCGCGAGGGGUAGAGGCGACGAAGACACUUCCGUGGCCAGUUGCUCGUUUUACGACCACACGUUGCAUCUAUGGAGAGCAUAG